UUCAAGCGACGACGAAAACCAAAACGACUGCCACCAAUACCAAUAACAAUAUAAUAACAAAUCCGUUAAUAAAUGACCUUGUUUUGGAUUCUUCAUCCAAAGGUAAAUCAACCACAAAAAAAAGUAAGCCACCUAUGGUUUCCCACUAUGCACCACAUCGUCACGUGUACGCUACUAAAGCUAUAGAAGAAUUCGAUGCGGUAAAUCAAGAAUAUUUGGAAUGGUGUGCACAAAUAACAAAUACUGGUAACAAUCAUAACGGAAACAACUUAAAUAUCAGCGGUAUGGUUGGAAGUGGAGGAUCAAAUGGCGGAAUUCCUUAUUAA